UGUCCCUGCCUCUCGCUGCUCCAGAGCCACCCAGCAGCCGCUGCGAUUGGAUUGGGUAGUUAGUCUUGACACACCACUGUGCUGAGUGCUUGAGGACGUGUUUCAACAGAUGGUUGGGGUUAGUGUGUGUCAUCACAUUGGAGAAAGGAUUAGAGAAGGAAGGUUGUCUUCCAGGAGCUGUGUGGUCCUCAAGACACAACCUAUAUGAGAAGAAGAUCUGUGGACCAGAAGGAGUCAUUUUCUUCUACCAGGAGAUUUCCCUCAUUGCUUUCAGGUAGUGCUUGCGAGUGAAAGCUCCGGUUCUGCACGUGAUCUCCUGGGUGUCGCCCCACCCUUCGUCUCAGCCGUGAUGAAACCGGUCCCCCUGGCCUGGUGUGUGCUGGCCCUGGUGCUGGUCCUGGUGGAUCUGCCGGGCUGCGCGGCCUUCACCACCAGGGGCCAGAGCCUGCGGGGCCGGGUCCAGAGGGACAGGAGGAACAUUCGACCCAACAUCAUCCUCAUUAUGACGGACGACCAGGACGUUGAGCUGGGCUCCUUGCAGGUGAUGAACAAAACCCGUAAAAUAAUGGAGGACGGGGGAACGUCUUUCACAAACGCCUUCGUGACCACGCCGAUGUGCUGCCCGUCACGCUCCUCCAUGCUGACGGGGAAGUACGUUCAUAACCACAACACAUACACCAACAACGAGAACUGCUCGUCCCUCUCCUGGCAGGCCCAGCACGAGCCCCGCUCCUUUGCGGUCUACCUCAACAACACAGGCUACAGGACCGCUUUCUUUGGGAAAUACCUGAACGAGUACAACGGCAGCUACAUUCCACCCGGGUGGCGGGAAUGGGUGGGGCUCAUCAAAAAUUCCCGCUUCUAUAAUUACACGGUCUGUCGGAACGGGUACAAAGAGAAGCACGGAGCGGAGUAUUCCAAGGAUUAUUUCACAGACCUGAUAACCAACGACAGCAUCAACUUCUUCCGGAUGUCCAAGCGGAUGUUCCCGCACCGGCCAGUGAUGAUGGUGAUCAGCCACGCCGCCCCACACGGCCCUGAAGACUCCGCCCCACAGUACUCCAACCACUUCCCCAACGCGUCCCAGCACAUUACGCCCAGUUACAACUACGCACCCAACAUGGACAAACACUGGAUCAUGCAGUACACCGGCCCAAUGAAGCCCAUCCACAUGGAAUUCACCAACUUCCUGCAUCGCAAGAGACUUCAAACCCUCAUGUCCGUAGACGAUUCCGUACAGCGGAUAUACGAGACGCUAGUGGAGACAGGGGAGCUCGACAACACCUACGUCAUUUACACGGCAGACCACGGCUACCACAUCGGUCAGUUUGGGCUGGUGAAGGGGAAGUCCAUGCCCUACGACUUCGACAUCAGGGUGCCCUUCUUCGUCCGGGGGCCCAAUGUGGAACCAGGAGCAGUUAACAACCAGCUGGUGCUGAAUAUUGAUUUGGCUCCCACAAUCCUGGACAUCGCAGGCCUGGACACACCUCCCGACAUGGACGGCAAGUCCAUCCUCAAGCUUCUGGAGCAGGAGCGGACAGGGAACAGGUUCAAACCAAACCGGAAAGCCAGAGUCUGGAGAGACACAUUCCUGGUGGAAAGAGGGAAAAUCCUCCGAAAGAAGGAGGACGCCGGCGGCAGCCUUAACACCCAGCAGACCAACAGCCUGCCCAAGUACAAGAAGGUCAAAGAGGUGUGCCAGCAGGCCGAGUUCCAGACGCCCUGCGAGCAGCCCGGACAGAAGUGGCACUGCGUGGAAGAGAUCACGGGAAGGUGGCGCAUCCAGAAGUGCAAGGGGUCGCAGAAGGAGGGCUCGAGGAAGAGGGCCAGGAGCCUGCGGUCUCGGGCCUACGACAGCAGGGAGAAGGAGUGUGACUGCGGGGACAGCGAGUACAGACCAGGCAGGGCGGACCGGCGAGGUCACCGCCACUUCUCCCAGUCCAGCGGCCAGCGUUAUAAGCCACGGUUUGUUCACACACGGCCCUCCCGGUCGCUGUCGGUGGAGUUCGAGGGGCAGAUCUACGACAUCGACCUGCAGGCGGAUGACAAAACCGCUCUCCGCCCACGGAACAUCAGCAAGAGGCACUACGAGCAGGAGGAGGAAGAGGAGGGGGAGGAGCUAGACCUGGACCUCGAAUCAGAUGACGCCUCCGAAGAAAUGCUCGCCGAUGACACCAACGCCAUUGGCUACCCCAACUCUGUAAAAGUCACACACAAGUGCUUCAUCCUGCUGAACGACACCGUGCACUGCCAGCGGGAGAUCUAUCAGUCCUCCAGGGCCUGGAAGGACCACAAGAGCUACGUGGAUCAGGAGAUCGAAGCUCUUCAGGACAAGAUCAAGAACCUGCGGGAGGUGAGAGGCCACCUGAAGCGCAGGAGGCCUGACGACUGUGACUGCGGAAAGAGGAGCUACUAUAGCAAAGUGAAAGGGCUGAGAAACAAAGGUGUGAGGUCGAAGAACAAGAAUGACCAUCUCCGUCCUUUUAAGGAGGAGGUUGACGGGAAGGCUCAGCUCUUCAACGAGAUCCGGAGGAGGAAGAAGGAGAGGAAGCUGAAGAAGAGGCAGAAGAAGGGGGACGACUGCAGCCUGCCCGGACUGACCUGCUUCACACACAACAACGACCACUGGCAGACCGCACCCUUCUGGAACCUGGGAGGAUUCUGUGCCUGCACCAGCUCCAACAACAACACAUACUGGUGCUUAAGGACAAUCAACGAGACUCACAACACCCUAUUCUGCGAGUUUGCCACUGGAUUCUUAGAAUACUUUGACCUGAACAGCGAUCCUUACCAGUUGACAAAUGCAGUUUACUCAGUGGAGAGGGAGAUCCUGAAUCAGCUCCAUGCUCAGCUCAUGGAGAUGCGCAGCUGCCAGGGGCACAGACAGUGCAGCCCUCGACCAAAAGGCCUGGACACAGCUCACAACCAGCAUGGGACACACGGAAAGGCUAAACUGCCCAACUUCACAGAGGACGUCGACUGGCAAGGACUGGAGGACCUGUACAGUGUGAACGACAGCCUGUAUGAAAUCAGGCACGACUACAGUCCCAGCUUGGACGACUGGACUAACUUUCAGAAGGAUGUAGAUAGUAUGUUUGCACUGCUGAGAAAUUUAAAGGAACUAAACCAAACAGACAGGCUUGACCCCAUGGCAGAGCUGGGCUCGGGGGCCACAGGACUAGAGGAGUCCAGCGGAGCAGGGGCCCCCGUCCGGGAGGCAUGGCCAGAAGUUGCCACGCCUAAACCCGCUACCCCAGCUCCCCACAGCCCAGCCCCACACCCACCUAAGAAGAAACUUGAAUCUCAAAAUGACAUCCCCGAGAGUCCCUGGAGCAGGAACAGGCCCUGGACGGGUCCCCUGAGGGACAGCUGGGCCCAGCAGCUGGAGGAGGGGCUGGAUGGAGACGGGCUCAUCUUCAGCGGGAACGGCUUCACGGAGCUGGAGACCCGCCACGACUUCCUGCUGCGCUCGCCCUCCACCCUGCAGGCCGACCUGCCUGCGCCCCUCAGCCGGCCCCAGGACCAAGAGGACAUUUUCCAGGCCCAGGGCUUCCUCCCCCUCUCCCCACAGACUGUGACAUCCACAGCACCGGGCGGGAGGGGCGUGCCCACUCAAACACACGCCCAGCAGGGCGGGACACAGGUGCUGCCCGGGCCUCGGGGGCGGGACUCUCUGGACUUGGAGGGCAGCGGAUUGGCCGGCCCCCCCUCUGUGACACACUGAGGCUCACUGCGGCCCCGCACUAUGGAGCCAGAAGGGCCAGAGACAGACUUCUGCAGUGUGGAGCCAGUCUCCCUGCCUUGGAACACAAUUUAGAAUUGUAUUAUGAAUCAUAAUGUUAUGUUUAUUUUUUUACAGGUGCUUCUGGUAAUUAGAAAUCAGUGUUAUGUUUAUAUAUAAAUAUAUAUAAUAUACAUUUAUAUAUAUAUAGAAAAAAUUAAGCCUAAAUGCAGUUGCAAUUAAAUAUUGGAUUUAAAAUUUAAAUGCCAUGUGGCUAACUCCAUUAAAGUAAUGUUUUUAAUAUAUUUUUUAUGAAAUACAGGUUAAAUAAAUGGUGAAACCAUUGCAGUGCACUCCUUCAUAAUAUAAACCACUGUCAGAUUUGAUCCCAACAGUUCAAUUCACUUAAAUGCACUUUCUAAACAUUUGCCUUUCAGCAAACUGCCGUUUACCUUAAAAACACAGCCUCUUUUAAAAAUGUAUUUGAAAUUACUUCCACCAGAUUUUGCAAAAACAUAAAAUGAAUAGCUUGGUGUUUACUGCAUUCAAUAAAGUUCUAUAUUAAAAAAAAAGAAAUUGUUACUGGGCACCUGUCUAAAUGGUGGAAUUAUUACAAGCUGAGAUAUUAUUGCUGCACUUAUGAUAAACCAGGGGGUUGGUUCAAGUGUGCAUUGCUUUGAUAAUUUCCUCACUCAACAUAAUAGCAUGAAACAAUGGUUAAACAUAUUAGCAUAUUUAUACCUCAACAAAACACAUCACACUUUGUGUUUGGCUGUUGGGUUGCUCUUAACCAGUCCAUGUAAUUUCCCAUUCCAAAAAGACUGUAAAUGGAUGAGAAAUAUCUAAUCUGCUUUGUUUGCGAAGAGUAUUGCUUUAAAAAUAAAUUAUGUUGCUGUA